UGAUCGACGAUGUUCAACAGCAUGAACAAAUUGGAGUAAAAAGGAAAAACUGUUUUGAUUGCAAUUUUGAGUUUAACGGGUUAUUAUUUACUCUUUAGUCACAUUUUGGACACCUACUUAGUGCCGUAUUUGUCGAGGACAUCUUGGUAAAUAACCAAAGCUCUCAGUAUAUGUUGACAGGAACAUGCUCAGAGAGAUGUUCUCGGGCUACUAACGUUAGCUAGCUAAAGUUACUAACGUAAGCUAGCUAAAGUUACUAAUGUUAGCUGCUAGCUAGAUAAACCAAAAUAUAGGUAUUUAUAAAAUGGGGGCCACCUCUCCCUCUCCUGUCCCUGAGAGGGCCAUUUAUGGCUUCGUCCUUUUCCUGGGCUCACAGUUUGGCUUCUUUCUGUUUUGCCUAUGGGCAUAUAUACCAGAGGAGUGGCUUCAUUCAAUAGGGCUCACUUACUGGCCUCAAAAAUAUUGGGCCCUCGCUGUGCCAAUCUAUCUGCUGGUUGCAAUAGUGAUCACUGCAGUGUUGCUGUUUGGAGUGAACAUGAACAACACAGCUCCACUUGACUCCAUUGACAUCAUCACAGAUGUGUACGCUCAAGGCCAGAGGACAACAGACUGCCACAAGAGGGGAAUACCCAGACUGAAAGAUGUCUCCAUCAGUGAAGUCAACAAAAUGUUCUAUUUGUCGCCCAAGCUAUAACAAACAGGAACUGAUUUUAGAUGGAUGCAGAGUAGAGGUGGAGAAGCAGGAGAUUUUUUGGGGUGUAUUCUUUUACAUUUGGUUUAUAAAGGAAAAAUUCUAUUUAUUUAUCCGGGAACAAUGGAACAUUGGGUGAAGAUGCACUCAAAGAGUGUACUUUUCUUUCUGAUUUACACACAAAAUGUUGUCCUUUGUGUGUUAAUAACUGUUUACAGUUGGCUAUUAACCUGCAUAGCACUAUUUUAUUGUAAAAUACAUUUAUCUGAUUGGUCUAAAUCACAACCUGUAACACCAAUCUGCAAUUAA